AUGGAGCCUCAAACUUGUGAUUCUGAAACAGAGGCUCAGCCUAUGGAUUCCGAUUCUUCAGGUUUUGAUGAGCUCAAACUCAAUGAGUUAGUUGGUAAAGGUUCAUUAGGCCUUGACGAAUGGGUUUCGCUCAUUUCGAGGAUCGAGAGAACGUGUCCCGAUAAUGUAGAGAAGAUUCGUUUAGUUUAUGACUCAUUCUUGUCUGAGUUUCCUUUGUGCCAUGGAUACUGGAGAAGAUAUGCUGAUCACAAGAUGCGCUUGUGUGCUGUUGAUGAGGUAGUUGAAGUUUUUGAAAGAGCUGUGCAGUCAGCAACAUAUUCUGUUGCUGUUUGGGUUGACUACUGUAACUUUAGUGUGUUAACUUUUGAGGAUCCAUCUGAUAUACGCAGAUUAUUCAAAAGAGGCAUGUCAUAUGUUGGUAAAGAUUACUCAUGCCAUUCUUUAUGGGACAAAUACAUCCAAUUCGAGUUAUCUCAGCAGCAAUGGAGUUUGUUAGCUCACAUUUAUAUUGAAGCACUUAGAUUUCCUACCAAAAAGUUGCAUCAUUAUUAUGAGAGUUUUAAGAAGUUAGCUGCAUUAUGUGACAAGGAGUUAGGAUCUCAAAGCAAUUGUUUUGUGGAUUCACUGUCAGAAUCUUUGCUUGAUGAUAAAGUUCCUAAAAGUUAUGGGGCUAAUGAAAUUUCUUGUGUUAUCAAAGACCUAUUUGAGCCAUCUCUCAGCUUGGAUAGGUCAAAGAUGCUACUUCAAAAAUAUCUCUCCAUCGGAAUGCGUUUAUAUCAGGAUGCAUGUGAUCUCAAUGAAAAAAUUAGCACUUUUGAGACGAAUAUAAGGAGGUCUUACUUCCAUGUUGAGCCUCUUGAUGUUGAUCAAUUGGAGAAUUGGCAUCACUAUCUGGACUUUGUUGAGAUGCAAGGAGAUUUCGACUGGGUUGUUAAACUCUAUGAGAGAUGUUUGAUUCCAUGUGCCAAUUAUCCUGAAUUUUGGAUGCGUUAUGUGGAAUUCAUGGAAAUUAAGGGAGGAAGAGAGAUUGCAAACUAUGCUCUCAACCGAGCAACACAGGUUUUUCUUGAGAGAGUGCCGGUCAUUCAUCUUUUCGAUGCCAGGUUUAAAGAGCAUGAAGGCAAUGUAACCGGUGCCCGUUCAGCACUUGUUCAGUGUGAUGCUGAGUUGGAUGUGAAUUUUGUAGCGAAUAUAGUAUUAAAGGCUAACAUGGAAAAGCGUCUGGGAAAUUUUGUGGCAGCUUCAAAUAUAUUUGAAGAAGCACUUGCAAUGGCUGCAGAGAAGAAAAAGUUGCAUACUCUUCGUAUUAUAUAUGUCCAUUUUUCUCGACUUAAACACAUGAUCGAUGGUGCAGAUGCUGCAAGAGAUGUCUUAAUAGAUGGCAUCAAACGCUUGCCUGAUUGCAUGUUACUUUUGGAGGAGUUAAUAAAUUUUGCUAUAGCAAAUGGUGGGCAGCGGCAUAUACACGUGGUGGACUGUGUCAUAAAUAACGCAAUAUCUCUAGGGUCAGAUGCAUCUCAAUGUCUGAAUGCCAAGGAUGCAGAGGAUGUUUCAAGAUUGUAUAUAGAGUUUGUUGACCUUUGUGGAACCAUUCACGACGUAAGGAAGGCAUGGAAUCGGCACAUAAGACUCUUUCCACGCUCUGUACGACCAGCUUUUCACAAGAAGCCAACUACUAAUAUGAUUGUCACUAAGCAUCAACAGUCGUCUCGAGAUUGUAAUCCUGACGACCUGGUAAAGCUGCCUUUUGAAGACAAGAAAACAUUACUGCUAGAAAAUUAUGAUUCCAGGUCUGGCCAGGAUUCCGCUAAUCAUAUAUCAGACCAGAAAGUGCCAGCACGAAAGACUGAUGAUAUUCAAUUUGAGCAAGCCCUCACUAACCAAUUUCAAUCGGGAGAAGCUGAUAGUGAUGCACGAAAGAGAGAGAUAUCACCAUCUUUUGAAGUUCCUGAGCAGUUGAGAAAAGAUAUGCCAGAAACAAAUGUGUCAUCUAUACGUUUAGUAGACUCAGAAGCUUCCGAGGAGCCCAGAGAAGAUACUACCAAAUAUCAAGUUGCGGAAGGAACUGAAUCUGAACAAGCUCUAAAAGAACUCUCAAGUGGAGAUGAACUUAAGCAAGAUUAUGAUCAUGAGCCCGAGCAAUAUAUGAAGACGCUUUCAUUGGAUAGUCUUUCUUUACAUCCUCGGGAUAAUUCAUCUGUAGAUUUAAAUCCAUCUGUGUCUUCUGCGUGUGAAAUUCCUCAGGAUGCCAGCAAUGUGGAGGAAAACAUGUUAGAGAGCAAUCAGCACAAUGGUGAUGAAGGUUCUCUUACAUACAAUGAAAAAAAAACUAACACUUUUGAUUCCCCUCGAACUGAAACCGAAGAGGUUAAUUUCUCAUCUUCCAGGAGCCAUCGAAGUCCUAUUUCAACAGAGCCCCCACAUCAGCCAUGUAUGCCUGCAAAUAGCAGCGGAAACUGGCAUCAAAUGAACAACACUGGUAAAUUUCGAAGAGAAUCCAAAUUUGGGUCACAAGCGCACUUACAAAGAAGAUCAUAUCAACAUCAGCGGCGGGUUUCUCCACAACAACACCCACGAGCUGAAUGGGGCGGUCCAAUGUCUAAGAGUCAAGGUUACCCCUCGCAGGUUGCGUCUCCACAUAGCCCACAAAUUCAGCAAGGCAGCCAAGGUCAACAUCAAUAUCAAGCACCUCCUGAUAAUGUAACACCGCCACCACCAAGUACCUGGCCUUUGCAGAAUAUGCAGCAACCAAAUUACGCCGCAUCACCUCAGACAAUACAAAGUAGUGGAGAUCAUGGGAUGCAAAACAGCCAAGCUUAUAAUCAAAUGUGGCAAUAUUAUUACUAUCAGCAGCAACUUUUUCAGCAACAACAGCAGCUGCAAUCGCCUCAGCAACAACAGCAGCUGCAAUCGCCUCAGCAACAACAGCAGCAUUUGCAUUUAUACCAACAGUAUCAGCAGCAGCAACAACUUCAGCAGCAUUAUUAUUCUCAUCCGCAACCUUAUCAACAGCUUCAGCUUCAACAACAGCAAUACAAUCAGCAGCACUAUCCGCCGCAGGAGCAACUUUAUCAACAACCUCAGCAACAGCAGCAAUUUUAUCAACUUCCUCAGCAGCAGCAACUUCAGCAACAACAACAGCACCAGCUUUACAUGCAACAAGUAGUACAGCAACAACCACCACCACCACCACCACAACAACAACAAAUAGAACAAAAACAACACCAGCAGCAAAACAGUCAAUCACAAGUUCAGGAAUUACAUGGCACCUAUUAUCAACAGAACGCUUCUUUUGAAAACAAUGGAACUAGUCAGUCGGUCCCAGAACCAGCAUCGCAUAGUAUGGCUUCUCAGGACCAAGAAAUACCACCAUCAGAUGCAAGAGAACCAGGUUUAUCUGCUGCAUCUCUCUAAUUCCCUACAGCGAUCUCGAGGGAAACAAUGAUGUCGGUUAAUGUGGGUUCCAAUCCAUUCUGCCUAGUCUUGAGAGUUUAAAACAGUUCACCGGCUGGAAAUGGGAAUUUCUUAGCUUUAUCGGUAUAUUGAUAAAGUAACCCUGUUGUUGUGUUGACUUUACCUGAGGUCUUUGGCAUAUCAAUGAAAAGUUUGAGCUUCCAGUGAUUUCCAAGUGCACUCAACAUGUUCAUAUGGCAUUGAGCCAAAAGUCCGGGCUUGUUUAAGCUACUAGGGGAAAUGACACCAAAGAAAUCAAAGCUGGGGGGUUUUUUUUUUUCCUCUUUGGUCAAGGAUUAUCUUUAAACUAAGGUUGCGUUUGGUACGAGGGUUCUAGAACCGAAAUUAUGAUUCUGGUUCAAACCUUUGUUUGUUUGCAAAAAGUAAAAAAUAGUUCUUGAAAACCAGUGUUUAGUUUAUAUGGUUUUGGUUUAAUAUUUGAAUCCUGAUGUGAUGUUUUAAAUCGAAAUCACUCUAAAAACUAACAUCACCUCCCCCCAUGAUUUUGGAUGGUUUAAACCUCCGGUUCUGAUUCUAGUUCUAGAAUUAUGUUUUGGACCCAAAGUUCAAAUCCUAAAUCAUGGUUCUAGUUUUAAAACUAAAACUAUCCUAAUUUGAACUCUUAUACCAAACGCAACCUAAGUUCAGAACCAAAAGGAAAUUGAAUUCUAUGCUUUCUUUUUUUUUUUUAGUAGGACUUGAGAGAUCCGAAGGGAUGGAAGAUGAGCGGCUUCUUAACUAUCUUCUCUUGUCAUCGGUUGGAAAGAAGCAACAAGUAAACACUUUGAUCUAAUCAUGUUGUCUUGUUGGAUAACCAAGAUAAAAGGGUUUCAGAAUAGCUACUUCAUUUCAUUGUUCUUUUUACCAAUUGUUUCUGGGGGAAACGUUUACUAAUCUUCAUUACAUUAGAUUACUGCUUAUCUAAUAAUACAUUACUGACGA